AUGGCGCAGCUUCUCCUUCGCUUGCUGCUGCUCUUUGCGGUUCUGGCCCACUGCAUUCCUACUCGGCUUGAACUCGUUGACGAGUACACGACUUUCAACGGCUCUCUAGCCUCCCGUUCUCUUGUCAAGAGAGACGUCUACAACGACUGUGAUGGCCCGCAUGCAAACUUGUUGAAGAAAUCCAUCGAGGAUUCUAAUAAUAUUAUGGCCAACAUGGUAGCGCACUUGGAUCUUGCCAUUGGCCUUUACCAAGAUGAUGGCUCUGGGGAGCUGAGGGAUGACAAGAGGAGAAGAGAUCAACGCACCUUCGAUGAGAAUAACGCGAUCUUAUCCUACAACAUGUUCAUUGCAAAGUCGUACUUUGGCCCAGGACACGCCAGCAACAAGGAUGGCUACAACAAGCUUUUGGGAACCAGAAGCCUUGCCAACUUCUUAUCAGGCCAGCUUAAGCGCUACAUAAAUGGCUCACCUCUCUUUUCUGGGCCUGAUAACCUCCCUUUAAUCAGGCUGCACUGCAGCGACGCCGAUGCGUACUCAGAGACAGACCAGGAGGGUAGGACCUAUACUCAAGCUAGUGGGAGAAUUCAGCCUGUAAAAGUCAACGGGAACGAUAUUUACUACGUUAACCAAAAUGUCGGAGGCGCUACUUUUGGGACCGAAGAGUCGUACGUGUGGGUCCCGCGGCUCAAGGUUUGUGACGUUGGCGACGGCGCGACGACAAGGCUCGGCGGAGUCCCCGUCGACCCAGGAAUCAGUGCCUAUACGUACACCGACAGCGCUCCACUGAAGGAGGAGAUCAUGGUCUUCUGCCCAGCUUCAUUGGGCAAGUGGGCCGCCACCGAGUCCGAAAGGUCCGCCAGCAAGGUCCACUACCGGGACCUGCACGUCGAGAUGGGGGCACAGCCUACCGACGCACAGAUCGAGCUCGCUAAGUCGCUUAAGCCAGGUGAAAAUGAUGCGGAGAAUAUCAGCUGGCUUUCAAGCUUCAUGGCGCAGACCGUUAUACACGAAUCCACUCACAGUCGAGCUCUUUCUGGUUCCAGAGACGUCACUCUUAAGGACGUCUACUGUAAGGAGAAUGGUGUGACAACGCAGACUCAUACAGACCCCGGAUGCCUGCAGCGUAUCGCGAAAGGCGACCCAGGCACCCUGGACGAAAAUGGAAAGGCACAAGGCCACCUCGACGCGCAGCUGUUUUCCAUGUAUGCCAUGGCGGUGUACGUCAAUACCAUCACAUGGGCCAGCGGUCACAGGGCCAAGCCCAGAGCCGUAAUUAUGAAGUGA